CCGGGACUUGUUCACUGCGUCAUGUUUCGAAAGACCACCCUCCCGCUCCAUGCAGCGCCCAGUGAAGCUUAUGGAUCAGCUUCGAGUAAAGGUCGCAACUUGACCUUGGACGAUAUUCAGUCCGAUUCUAUCGCCAAAAUCACGAACAAGGCCUAUGGCGGCAAAACAAUCAAAUGGGAUGCCAAGGUCGUCGAAACCAUUGUCGACCAAGAAUUAGUACCAUCCAACUACGAACCCAAGAAAUUAAUGCUACUCGAAUUUACCCAAUAUCUGGAAAAAUAUUUGUGGCCUUACUUUGACGGCGAAAAAUCCACCUUGAAUCACGUCGUCUCCAUCUGUUUAAUGGUGAACGAGAAGUUCCGUCAGCGAGUCGCUCCUUUCGACGCGUUUCGAUCGGAUACGGCCAAGUUUUCAGCAUUUUUUGCUCGUGUGAUUCGGUUGGCUGUGGGAGAAGAAGCAGAGCAGCUGCCACUGAUGGUCAAACGCUUCAUUAUUUUGUUUUUGAUUCACUGUUUUCAAAGUUUGGCCAACCCGAUGGUGCGUACAGAAUGUCAAAAAUUGGUUUCCAUCGCAAUCUGGCACAACUUCGGUCAGGCAGCGAGAAGGGAAGACAUCUUGUCAGAAUACGUCCCUUUGCGAAAAUUAUGGAAUUCAAGCAACAAGAAAUUUGCUGCUGCAGAUGACGAUACCAAGGGAAAAUUGAUCUUUGAACGCAAUUGGCUCAGUGCCCUGCUGCGAGAAUUUAUUGGUGUCGUGUAUCAGAUUCCCGAAUCAGGCGAUGCUGAGGAGGAAUUGAUCCGAUACUGCGAACGGUUGGUCGAGUUGAUCAUUGAUUUGGAGACACAGUUACCUACCCGACGCUUUUUCAAUACAUUGUUGGACGAUCACCAAAUCGUGGUCCUCUGCCGAUUAGCACCACUGAUGAAGCGUGAAGACAAGGAUGUGGAUUUGCUCAAACAGCUGUUGGAAACUUUGGGUUUCUAUGCCAAAUUCGAAAUCAACGAUCAAACCGGCUUAGCAUUGACAGACUUAGAUAUGACGGAAGCUCGCAACGCACAGUUGAUUAAAUUGCAGACGACUACUUUCCGCCAAUUCAGAGAUACAUUUCCCGAGUUACCGCUUGCCAAUCUGGGUUCCAUCGAGCAACGGGAAGAUUUGCUUUGGCAUUUCGGCCCUGCUUCUGCAGACGAUUUAGCUCGUCUUUGUGAAGCGGUUCACAUCCGCAGCUCGCCCAUUGUCGAAUCCGUACUCAAUGUCAUUGAACAAAAACAAUUACUUUUGGAAAGCUUGAUUGCGAAAUAUGAAAAACGCACCAGUCAAAUUGAAAAAAUCAAUGCUUUGCCUUUGUAUCCAGACGAGAAUACGUUGUUCAACGAUUCCUUGGUGCAAACGCAAUUCUACACUGGCGAUCGACCAUUAUCUCUGCCCAAACUGAAUUUGCAAUUCUUGACCAUCCACGAUUACUUGUUGCGUAACUUUACACUAUUUCGCUUGGAGAGCUCAUACGAAAUUCGCCAAGACAUGGAAGAUGUAGUCAAACGAUUAUCGCCUCGUUUGACCUACCCUGAUCGUGUGACCGAAUUUGCGGGCUGGGCACGUAUGGCAGUCCCGAUCGAGUCCUUCCAAAUUGUAGACGUGGCACGGCCGCAUCUUGGUGAGGAUAAACCAGCCCAUGUUCAUGCUGAUGUCAGUUUCAACGUGGGUCGAUACACCGAAACUCUACGACGAGAGUGGGACAGCAUGCGCAAGCACGAUGUGCUCUUCCUGUUGACGAUUCAGGCUAAUGACGAUACAUCACAGCGAUACACUGACGAUAAAGAUUUCAAAAAGCACUUUGGUAUCAAGUAUAUCCGUGGCUGCGAAAUUGUGGAUGUGCUCGGCAGUGACGGUCGCGCUAUUGACGAAGUGUCGAAACCUACGGUGGACGAUCGAGCAAAACGCUGGACCAAUUCUAUGCGUACUUUCCGUGUGGAAUUGGAUGCAAAUCAGUACAAGAUGGAUAUGACCAACUUUAACAAGAAGAACAAGGAGGAUGUCUAUCCCACUUUCAAUAUCCUUGUGCGCCGAAAACCUCAGGAAAACAACUUCAAGGCCGUCCUGGAAACGAUUCGUGAUUUGAUGCAGAGUGACCUCGUGGUCCCUGACUGGUUGCAAAAAGUGUUCUUGGGUUACGGUGACCCUGCCAGUGCCCACUACACGCAUAUGCCCAACCGUGUUCGUCAUCUCAAUUUCCGCGAUACGUUCCUUGACUAUGAUCAUAUUGUCCAGAGUUUCCCCGAUAAAAAGGUGCAACCUGCUCCGGACGCUCAGACUCCACUUGAACCGCCUUUCAUCAUUGAUUUCCUUGAAAACGAGGCAGCGGAAGAAAAGCCGAAAAAGAAAUCCAAAAAGGCGGCGGCUGAAAAGCAAGCAGCAAGCCCAGAGACAUUGCAAGUGUCCUCUUACACGUUACCCAACCAGGGUCCCUAUCCUCAAGAUGUGCCCAAGCGCAAUGCCGUACGGUUCACGCCUGUGCAAGCGGAAUCAAUUCAUUCCGGUAUGAACCAUGGAUUAACCAUGGUGGUGGGUCCUCCCGGUACGGGUAAAACCGAUGUGGCCGUGCAGACAAUUGCCAACCUGUACCACAAUUAUCCCAAUCAGCAUACACUUGUGGUGACGCACAGUAAUCAAGCCUUGAAUCAGAUUUUUGAAAAGAUGAUGGCUUUGGAUAUCGAUCCUCGUCACUUGGUGCGUCUCGGUCACGGUGAAGAGGAACUCAACAGUGAAGUGAGCUUCAGCAAGUACGGACGUGUGGAAUCCUUCCUGCAACGGCGCCUUGAACUUCUCCAAGAAGUCACUCGUCUCGCCUACACAUUGAACGUCCCUGGCGACCAUGGAGCUUCCUGUGAGACGGCCGACUACUUUUUCCGUUACCAGGUGGUCCCGCUGUGGGAAUCGUUUCUCCAGCAAGCAGAGUCUGGCUCCCUUGAGGACAUCCGUAACAAGUUCCCGUUUGUCUAUUUCUUCGCCAAUGCCCCUAAACCUGUAUUUGCCGAGGAUGCCACCACCGAAGAAGCUUUGGAAGCCGCCAGAGGAUGUUUCCGUCAUUUGGAAAAGUUGUUUACUGAACUUGAAGAGAUUCGUGCGUUCGAACUGCUCCGCUCUGGCACUGAUCGCGCCAAUUACUUGAUCACCAAAGAAGCCAAGAUUAUCGCCAUGACAUGUACCCAUGCUGCUCUCAAGCGUCGGGAACUUGUUGGAUUGAACUUCAAGUAUGAUAACAUUGUGAUGGAAGAAGCCGCUCAAAUCCUCGAAGUGGAAACGUUUAUCCCAUUGUUGCUUCAAGAACCUCAGGACGGCGAAAGCCGACUGAAACGCGUUAUGCUCAUCGGUGACCAUCAUCAACUGCCUCCGGUGGUGAAGAAUAUGGCGUUCCAGCAGUAUGGCAACAUGGAACAGAGCAUGUUUACCCGUUUCGUGCGGUUGGGCGUACCCGCCAUGCAAUUGGACUUGCAGGGCCGUGCACGAUCAUCGAUUGCGAAAUUAUACAGCUGGCGCUACGAUCACUUGGGUGAUUUGCCCAUGAUUCAGGGCAACGACGAAUAUGUCAAAGCAAACCCUGGCUUUACGUACGAUUACCAGUUGAUCAAUGUGGACAAAUACCAAGGCGAAGGUGAAACCGAGCCUGUGCCUUACUUUUAUCAAAACUUGGGCGAAGCCGAAUACAUCGUGGCCGUGUACCAGUACAUGCGCUUGCUUGGCUAUCCGGCGGAAAAGAUUUCUAUCUUGACGACGUACAAUGGACAAAAAGCAUUGAUCAAGGAUGUAUUGCAACGCCGCUGUAGCUGGAACCCGUACUUUGGCAUGCCAGCUGACGUAACUACGGUAGACCAGUAUCAAGGACAGCAGAACGAUUAUAUUCUGUUAUCCUUGGUACGUACGAAAUCCGUGGGACACAUUCGCGAUGUACGACGUUUGAUCGUGGCUGUCUCUCGCGCAAGACUGGGUCUCUACAUGUUCUGCCGUAAAGAACUGUUCGAAAAGUGUUACGAGUUAAAACCCGUGUUUGAUCAAUUCCUUCAACGACCAGUCCAGCUGUCUUUGCAACACGAUGAAAACUAUCCUCCUUCAGCACGCAAGGUAAUGAUAAAAAUUAGUUGCCCCCUAAUGUUUUAUGCGUUCUUUCAGUAACAUUAAUCUCUCGUUACUUUUGUAGGUGGAUGAUUUAGGCGAAGCA